AUGCAACGAGUACCAUAAUAUAUUCAAAGACCAAUAAUUUAAGAUUCUUUUAGAUAAUCCUUCAAAUAAACUUCAGAGUAAGAAAACUCAUGUGCUUAAUUACAAUAAAGAAAACCCAUAUAAGCAUAUCCAUAAUAUCAAUCUACAUAAGUGAUUCAAAAGCCUGAAAUACGUCCAAAUUCAUCAUAACCUAGAUAGCCAUCUAUUCAAAUAGUUCCAAGACCAUCUUCUGCUUCUACAGAUAAGAGAGCUUUUUCAAAUUAAAAAUAACCAUGCAGAUCUUCAUUUAAAGAAUUGAAAAAUUCAACAUAUAUUUCACCUUAACAAGCUACUCCUUAAUCUAGAUAUUUUUCAUUAAAAUAGCUGCCAGACACUAAUUUAAUUAAAUGCUCUCCAAAUUAGUAAGUGCCAAACAAAUAAAUUGAUUAAAAAGAGUAUUAGAAAUUAAAUGAUAAAUUACUAUUCUUGGAAAAUAAAAUCAAUAAAAUUAAAUCUAACAUAGAAAUUAGCAAUUCUUAAUUAUAAAAACAAUCUGAAAGAUCAAAACAAAAACCACUUGGAUUAGCAGCUAAAUUUUUUCAAAAAAAGGAUCAAGAAAAUACUGAACCAAAAGGUUCAGUAACUCCCAAAGAAUUAACUAAAUGUUCAACUGCUUUAAAUUUACAACUUAAUAAAGCAUUAAAACAGAGUUAAAUUGUCAAAGAAAAAGAAUAACCUAGUAUCAGUUUAAAUUAAUUUGUCACAUAAGUAAAGUAAAUCAAAAAGCCAGUUUAAUAAUAAUCUUCUCUAAAUAGACAUUAAUCCUUAGAGAUAAAUUAAUCAUUAAAUUAAGUGACUAAGCCAAUUAUUGACGACAAAUCAUAUUCGUCUUAAAAACCAACUAAAAGUGAUAAUGUAUCAAUUUCUUAAAUCAUAGUUUCUAUAUUAUAUAUCUAGUGUAGCUAGAUGUAUGUUUUUAUAAUAAACAAGUAAAACAGACGAUGUAGUUAGAGAUCAUAUAAUUCAAACAAUAUAAGUAAAUGGUUCUUACAAAUAAUAGGGUUUAGAUUAUGCUAGGAAUCUAUCACUUGAAUUUUAAGAAGAAAAGGUUGUUAAAUUACCUAAAGCAAAUCAUUUAAAAACACUAGUUUUUGAUUUGGAUGAAACUUUGAUUCAUUGCAAUGAGAACAUUUCAGUUCCUGGAGACAUUAUUCUACCAAUUACAUUUCCAACUGGAGAGACAAUAUAGGCCUCUAUUAAUAUAAGACCUUAUGCCUAGUAGAUUCUUUAAACUUUAUCCCGACAUUUUGAAAUUAUUGUUUUUACUGCAUCUCAUUCUUGUUAUGCUAAUAUUGUUUUAGAUUAUUUAGAUCCAAAAAAAUAAUGGAUUAGUCAGAGAUUAUUUAGGGAACAUUGUAUAUAAACUGAUGAAGGUGCAUAUAUUAAAGAUUUAAGGUAAUAUAUUAAAUACUAUUUUAAGAGUACUUGGAAAUCGAAAAAUGUCAAAUAUCUUAUUAAUUGAUAAUGCAAGUUAUUCAUUUGGAUAAUAAAUUGAUAAUGGAGUUCCUGUAAUUGCUUUUUAUGAUAACAAAUAGGAUUAAGUAAUUUUAAUUAUAUUCUUAGGAAUUACUAUAUUUACAAAACUACUUAAUGAAAUUCAGAAUGGUGACUGAUGUAAGAGAAUUGAAUUCUUAGUUAUUAAAAGUUAGUUCAUAUACUAACUAUCAAGAUCCAUUAUAAUUAUUGUAAGAUCUAUUUCCAGAAUAAAUACCAAAAUGA